AUGGGGAAGCUACUACUGUGUGCAGGUGAGUGUUGUAUUAGCAUCUGUGUUUCAUGAUAACUAAUAAAUAAAUAAAACAAUUUCAUGUAAAUGAUGUGGGGGAAGAGCUCCUUGUUAUAUAUAAUUCCAUAAUUCUUUCUCCAAGGGUUUAGUUUUAUCAGGCAACACCUCCCCACACUACUUUCUUCCCAAGAGAGAAAAAAUACAGAGCCCUGUAUCCUUUUCUCUUUGGGGGCUAAAAUAAGCUGGUACUCCAGAAAAUUGAAUUGUACUUACACAAUUCCUGUCCAUGCAUGUAGGCCGCUGUGUAUCAAUAUGUGGAGGCCAGGUGCAUGAGGAUUGGAAUAAAGGGUAACUGGAUCUGGUGGGCGGGCUGUAUUUUGACUUCCUCUACCCGCUGUGGACUAUUUUCACAGGUGGGUGUACCCACCUGUCAAUCACUUGAUGCCAGUGUAACACUGGAUGCAAACCACAUCAGCAUAGACACAGGGAUUUGCAGGCACUGCCAACCAGCUGAUAGGCACUGUUCUGUCCCACAGGCAUGAAAGUGGGCCUGGGUGAGUGGUUUAUUGCAGGGAUUCCAAACAAGGAUGACAAAAGCGCCAGAGAGACUUACAACGCAAUGCAGAGAUUCUUGCUGCUCCGUCUUGGAAUGGACAUUGAAGUAGCAAGCAUGUCGUGACUGUCCAUGCCCGACCAAGCAUUUAUGUAUUACUUCUACAGAAAUUGGACUUCUGGUGCAGUAGUCCAAUUAAUCCCACCUGCCUGAAGGCCUGUUCCCAACUCUCAUCCAUCCAUCCAUCUGACAGGUGAAGGAAUAGGUGUCAAGGGUCCAGGUUGCAUGGGUAGCUCCUGACUUCCAUCUCCCUAGGCCAGCAGCCAAGCACUCAGACAGCAAAUAAGCAUAUCAAAGGAAACAGAUACACAUAUGUGAGAGCAAUUUCACAGCAGGUACCAAUUAGUCCCAGGGUUAUCUUGACUACCAAGAUAGCAUUUAUACGCUUUCUGGGAUGUUUGGCUUUACACAGGGAUCUCAUACAUACCUCAUGUUUGGCAGGAAGCCACAACUUUAUCCGCCCCAAAGCUGAUGUCACAUAUGGCUUCAGAUGGAUAACAGGUUCAUGUGGUUGGGAGAAAACAGCCUAGUGGGGCCAAAUAAGGAUUCCUGCUGGGCCAGAGACUUCCCACCACCUGCAGCAAAGGAGGACAGCAUUAAAUCCCCCCAGCCUCCUGUGAUCUUAUUAAUUAUGGCCUCCUCAUCUGAUGCAAUUUGCAUAUAGCCCCCACCCCAUUCUGGGCAAAUGCCAAACCCAUUUAUUGCCAUGUUUUGUUUGCCCCCCUCCCCAAAUGCAUAUUUUGCCAAGCUUCAUGGAAACCUGCUUGCCAUCUGCCUACAUUUUGAGUAGAAUGGAUAAGAAUUACAAUGCCUUCUUAACACCCACAUCUAAUGUUGGACAUUCUUGUUUCUUUUGCUUUGCAGGUUUCAUCCUUCUGCUGAAUCUGCAGCUUGGUAAGGCUAACUUCCCUUCUGCUUGUUUGCUAGGGACUAGUUCUAAAAAUUUGACAGAUCUGCUGUGUGCAUAGCAUGUGUGCAUUGCUCCCAGUUGAGGCAAAGCAGGAACACUUAUUGUUGGGUAAGAUCACAGCUCCAUAUAAGGGGCUCCUUAUUUCAAAAUGCUAAAGCCCUGCAAAGCUCCUUUAUUUAGAGUACCACUCUUUCAUCAAGAGCCCAAUCAAGUUAAUGUAGGAUUUUUUUUUAACUGCUCAAAACAGUUUGUCUUAUGCACACAGACACGUGAUGAGGAAAUGGCUUGAUACAAGUCUGGGUAACUGAGGUUGAAACUCACCUUGAUGGCUUCUCCAACAGCUGCUGCUCCUAGCCAAGUAAACUUGCAUCAGCUCUUCUAUUGUGUUUUCUGGGGUGGUGGAAGUUUCCACAACAAUCACUUCCCACAUGUCUAGACCUGGAAAGUUGCUGGCUCUAUAGCUUUCGUUUUGUGUCUGUGGAGCUGGUGGUUCUGCCCUGCAAGAGGGUCAAACUCAUGAUGAGGAUUUGAAGGAAACUGUAGAAAACAGCAUGGGUUGAAUUCUACAAAGUCAUUGUGUGAGGGAAAUGGAACUCCUAUCCCUUCUGCUCCCCGUUGUGCCGCUCACACCCUCCCCAAAAAUCCAAAAAAUAGGGAGAACCGCUAGAGCAGACAUGGGAGACUCAGAAGGGCAAGGAGGAGAGAGAGGUUUCAUUUCACAAACAGGAGUCAUUCUACUUGUGUGCUGACUUCACUGCGUAGGACCCUGCAUUACAAACUGCAUGCAGUAUGAUCUUUUCUAAAUAUAACCUUUCGCCUUCUCUUUCCAGGUUCUGCCUACAAGCUUGUGUGUUAUGUCACUAACUGGGAACAGUACAGGGACCCGCCAGCCAAGUUCACACCAGAUAAUAUAGACCCACAUCUGUGUACUCAUGUGAUUUAUGCUUUUGCUGGCAUGGACAACAACCGACUUACCACUAUAGAAUGGAAUGACGUGGAACUCUACAAGAAACUUAAUGCCUUAAAGCAAAGGCAAGCAGCUCUCACAAUGAAUGUAUUCACAUGAUGUUUGUUUAAUGGCUGCUUCUAGACACUGUCUGACAAUAGCAGCAGAUGUAGAAGCAAAAGAAGGAAGAGUCUCAUGGGGUCCCUUCAUGAAUUAUAUGUUUAAUAAAUUAAUUAAAGUACCGUAUUUUUUGCUCUAUAGGACACACUUUUUCCCCUUCAAAAAUGAAGGGAAAAUGUGUGUGCGUCCUAUGGAGUGAAGACGCCAUAGCCCCGCGACCCUCUCCCGGCUGGAGAGGUGACGCGCGGCUAUGGCAGGAGCCUCUAAAGCCCCGUGUCACCUCUCCAGCUGGGAGAGCGCGCACGGGGCUAAAGAAGCACCCCGCGACCCUCUCCCGGCUGGAGAGGUGACGCGCGGCUAUAGAGGCUCCUGCCAUAGCCGCGCGUCACCUCUCCAGCCGGAGCGCUGCGCGGGCUAAGCAGCCCCGCGACCCUCUCCCGGCUGGAGAGGUGACGCGCGGCUAUAGAGGCUCCUGCCAUAGCCGCGCAUCACCUCUCCAGCCGGGAGAGCGUGCGCUGGGCUAAAGAAGCCAUAGCCCCGCGACCCUCUCCUGGCUGUAGAGGUGACGCACGGCUAUGGCAGGAGCCUCUCCGCUGCGCCUUUCCGCUGCUCCCUGACCUGCUCUUUGGGGCUGGUGGGGGCUUCCCCGCCAGCCCCAAAGAGCAGGUCAGAAGACCUGAAGCCUGGAGAGCGAGAGGGGUCAGUGCACACCGACCCUCUCGCUCUCCAGGCUCCAAGGUAGCCGCCUGAGCGCACCUUAAACGGCACCUUGUUAUAGAGCAGGAAAACAAGAGGGGGAAAAUUCGCGCCCGCUCUGCACAGCGCCUCCUGCCACUUCGCUGAAGGGGCGCUGGGCAGAGAGGGGGAGAAUUUUUUUUCCUUGUUCUCCCCCCUCUAAAACAAAGUGCGUCCUAUUGUCCGGUGCGUCCUAUGGUGCGAAAAAUACGGUACUUUUAACCCACACCUCACCACAUGAUUUCAGAGCAAGGUACAAUACAAGUUAAAAUACAGCCAACACAAUUCCAGUAUAUGUAGUUGAAAGAGCAGGCAAGAACACAACACAUCUUAAAAAUUACAGUACAUAAACUCUCAAGGAAACCACCCACAGGUUCCUUCAUUGCAGAAACAGUACAUUAAUAUUGUUCUCAAUAUCACACAAAAGCACAGGUAAACCGGCAAGUUUUUACCUCACAGAGAUAAAAGUGUCUCUGCCAAUCAUGCUUUCGGGGGAGAGCAUUUCUUAAUUAAGGUGCCACCAUAGAAAGGUCCCCAUCCUAUGUCACCAUAUAGCGUCUCCCCCUUGGAGGCACGACAAUAAGAAGAGUCUCCCUCUAAGAUCUGCAAACAUGGGGAAGUGUUCCUUUAGAACUAAGACUUUUAAAAUAUUCCUCUAAAAAUAUAAAGGUUGGAAGUGCCAAACAAGAGUUUGAAAGUAUGUGUUUCCUAGAGAUACUUGUCCAAGAGCUAGGAUUGGUUAUGGCUCCUAUGGAGCAUACACAUGGUGGUAAAUCUGUACUUUUUGCUAUGUAAUGUGAAAAAAGUAAUUUGGAGAUGCCUGACAUUCAGGGGGAUGGGGUUGGUUGGAGUGAUGGCUGAUGUUUCCCUGUGAUGAUAAUUUUUUGCAUAGUAGGAUUCUGUAACUAUGUUUCUGAAGACACUUGAGAGUGGAAUGAUAGUCAUCAGGACACAUAUUCGUUUUGUUCUGCCCUGCCUUAAUCUCUGAUCAAAGAGCUUUUGCAGGUUUUUGAAGCACCAGGUUGGGAAAGACUGCCUUGCAGGAAUGCAAAAGACAGUUAUGAAGGGCUGCAUGCUUGUUCCUUUCACUGUAAUAGCAUCUGCUUGGCCAGCCUUCUGUGUCCUUGCUUGGCACUGCCAGUAAUCUCAAGAACAACAGCAAGCUUUUAAGUUCUGUCUCACUUUGGGCUCUGUCCCUGGGAGUUGCUUUAAUUUCCCCAAUGGCCCUGACAGAAUAACUUUUGGGAUUCUGCCCACACCCCUGAAAAUGACCUAGAGGAGCUUUCAAAACCUGUUUGGUUCUGAAAUUCUGCAGUUAUAAGGAGCAACUGGUGAUGGAAGUCUUGGAUAUUUUGAGGUGGGGAGGGUAAAAUUCCUUUUUAAUUGUCACAAAAUAUUUGUGAAAUGUUAAUUCCACUAUAUCUUUUUCUUGCUUUCUAGGAAUAAUAAGCUGCUCACAUUGCUGGCUGUUGGAGGGGGAAGCUUUGACAACCAGAAGUAAGACCCUUCUCCUUCUUAUACUCAUAGAAAGAGCAGAGGGUGUUCAUGAGAUAUAGCUUCCUAAGAAAUUUGUGAUUUGGGACACCCGACUUAAGGCAUUUUGGAGAGCUUGAGUCUGACAUGGAGAGCAUUUCCUCUUUUGAGAAAUGAUUGUCCUUCAAAGAUCAAGGAACAUUUUCUGUCUUUUGUUUCUGUGUACACGAUUAUUCAGUGCGAGCCUCCUUCCCAGAGAUGCAGUAAUGGCAGGUAAUGAUUUUAAUAAGAGGGUCUUUUUAAUAUUAAAAAAGGGAUUAAAGAAGAGGGGGAAAAGGAAGAACCCACCCCACCAACAAAUGCAAGCUCUUUCUCCUCGUUGAAUCAGUUCACUCCCCUCAUUUCAUUUCAUUUCAUUGGGGAGGUAUGGUUGAAAAGUCCCCCUAAAUUUGGCCAAACCCCCAAAGAGAGCAAAAGGGGACUAAUCCUAAUUAGUAGAAAGGGUGGGAGGGCACUGUGAUGUAAACUGGCCUCACUUCACUGAUGGUGGGGGAGUAAUUUGAUUCAGUUUAUAUUUAAAGAUGAACUUACCAGCCGAAUGGCCUGGCAGACGGUCUUUUAUCCUUGUCCUGGGGGUGGGGCCAAGUGCCACCAAUGACCAGUUGAUCCCACACUCAGAAGAACACCCAAAAGCCCCUGCCGCCAGUGGCCAAUUUGGUGGCAGGCAGAUGAUCCGGCCUGCCAUUCGCCGGUUCACGGGAGCGGGCUUGGGGCCCCACCCACAAAGCCGUAAGGGGCAAACGGACUAACCAAAUUCAUACUUUUUGGAAAAUUAUAUAAACUGAAACCUUCAGAAUUCAUACUUCUUCAAUUUUUCCAGUGUGAUUCCCCAGGUUAUGUGUCCAACAAUGCACAUAGUAGCCUAAAAUGUGCAUAAAAAUGCCUUAUAUUGGUGAAAAUUACAUCCAAAACUGCAUUAGGUUAGGGAAAAUUUCUUGCAAAAAUGUGUAUAAAACUGCAUAUAAAAUAUGUUUAUUAUGAGAAAUUCACACUAAAAUAUUGAAGAAUCUUCAUGAGGAGUUUCAAUUUAUUUAUUCAUUUUUGUGGAUUGUUGCAGAAAUAGAAGCGAAUUUAAGAUUUUAAAAAUGAGAAACUUGGAGAACCAGUAUCGACAGAUUGGUCCAUCCUUAGUCCCUACUGAUAUCAGAGCUCUUCCAUUUUAUAGCAGCUGUUCAUGAUGCCCAGCAAAAAAAUAAGAGUGAAAUAUAGGGUGAUGCAAGUUGUAAAAGGCAGCUGUCAAAAAAUAACACAUUUCUUCCAGGUUCACUUCCAUGAUAUCCUCUCCAGCAAAUCGGCAGACAUUUGCCACCACAUCAAUCGAUUUUCUCCGCAAACAUGGGUUUGAUGGUAUGGACCUUGAUUGGGAAUAUCCAGGUUCCAAAGGCAGCCCUGCAGAGGAUAAGCAUCGCUUCACCAUCUUGACUCAGGUAUGAAAAUAAAAUAAUAUAGAUGUUCAUCCCAGCUUCAGCAAAGGGUGCUGGAAGCCCCUAGGGAGAUAGCAUGGAUCAUACUUACUUUGACAAAAAAUGGUCAAAACCUUUCUUAAAAACAACAGUGAAUGAUUGUAACAGGGUUACUUUAUUUUAAAAUGGUAUUUAAAAUUAAUUUCCUGGAAUGUAUACUGUAGUGAUAGAACAUAUGAGUACCUCUGAGCAUGUAUAGAGUGCUUUUGUAAUCACAACCAGCCUCCAUAUAUUUAUUCUUCUGCAUCAAGAACAAUGGUCGGUUUGAGUCCCAGUGACAAAUUGUGUAAUGCUAUGCGUAUCUACUCAGAAGCAAGUUCCAUUAAAUUCAAUGGGGCCUAAGUGACCAUACCUGAGAGAAAGCACUAUUAAACUUAAUGGAAUUUUCUUCUCAGUACACUUGUAUAGGAUAGCACUGUGAAUUACUAAAUAUGACAAAGAAGACUCAACCAUCAAGAAGAAGAAUUGCUCAGAUUCAAUCAAAUAAAUAAAAAUAAAUAGGCAUGCCCAACUUGUGUGUGGAUAUUUAUCUUUAUUUAUUGAUUAAGUUUAUAUACCAUCCUUCAUCCGAAGAUAUUUCUCAUCAUGAUCUGUAUGGGUGGAAUUUUCCAGCCUGCAAAUGGCCAGCUGUUCUUUGAAAUGUGUUCUGUUCAGUUGCACAUGAGCAACACCCAGCUGCUCCUGCUGUUUCUCUCUGAAGGAACUGAUAGCUGCUUUUGAGGAAGAGGGCAAAAGAACAGGACGCCCACGGCUGUUGCUUUCUGCUGCGGUAUCUGCUAGCAAAAACACCAUGGAUGCUGGAUAUGAAGUUGCUGCCCUGGGGAAGUGAGUCAGAUGGUUUCUGCUAAGCGACAUGCCCUGCGUCAGAAUCUCUGUUGAACACCAGCUCUGAAUGCUCCAAAUUCUAGGUCUAGGACAAAUUGCUAAAGAACUCAGGAGAAAGCCGUUCAAAUGAAAAGCCUCUGUUUUUCCUCCCUUCUCUUUCUGCUUUAUUACUAUUAUUAUUACUUAUUAAAUUUGUGCUGCUGCUGAACCUGUACACAGUACACUACACUGGCUCUCCCAAAGACCCAGUCCACUUCAAUAAUUUUGAACCUCCUCUGGGGUUGGAUGUCCUGGUUUUAUAGGCUCUCAUAAAGAGUGUUUUGUAGGGUGGUAUUUAUUAACAAUUGUGUCUAUGCAGCCACACUGUGCUGUAGGCUUUAUAUAAAUAAAUCUGGGCCUCAUUCUACAGUGCCUCUGGAAAUAUUUCUGAGGGCUUUUAAAGGAGCUACUACAUCAUGCUUAUGUAAUCACAGGUUGUUGUUUUUUAAAUUAUUUGUCUGUGAAUCAAAAUAACUGUCUUAUUAUUAUCACUAACAGUGUGGCUGUUGGAUCAUAGAUUAUUUAAUGUUUGAAGAAAUUGUUCCUUCAUCUUGCCAUUCCUUUCUGUGUGCAUCCAGGAGUCUUGAUUUAAUCAACGUGAUGACCUAUGAUUUCCAUGGAAGUUGGGCACCUCAAACAGGACACAACAGCCCCCUGCACAGAGGUGCACCUUCCUAUGACUCAACGCCCUUCUUCAACAGUGUAAGAACAAACAACACAUAGCCCAAUCUUAAACUCAUAGCUAAAUUCCAGUGACAAUUUCCCCCACUCAAUGCAGUAAAAACUGAAUCAAGCCUAAGCAUUAGGGUGGCCACUUGUACACCACCAGAAAGGAGGAGAUGUGUCAUGAAAAAGACCUGAACAGAUUUUCAUGUCCUAAUUUAUAUGUCUAGAUGCAAAUUUAGAACCAAUGCCUAUAAAUUCAAAUAGAAAUAGAAAACAAUUUACCAUAGUGGGGAAGAUGGUACCAAGUGACCUGUGUGCUAGCUCAGUCUGCUGUCUAGGAGCUGUUACUGGGUGACUUCAAGGCCCCUGCUCUCCCUUUGCAUGAUUCCUUAUCUUUAAACCAGGCCUGGACUGGACAACUCUUUAAAAAGAGGACUUCCUCAAAGAGUGGACUCUUCUCUGUCCAGUGGGACACAUGGCCAACCUAGCAAACAUGGGUGGGUGAGUGAUUGAUGAUGAGGCUCAAAAUACAUGUUUUGUGUAGUUGCAUGAAGAAUUCCUCUUUUAAAAAAAGAAAAUUCAAAGGCAGACUAUAUCUGAGUGAUUUUCAGCUCAAAAAUCACCUUCCCCAAGCUUCUUUUUCAUUUACAAAUAUUUUUGAAGACACGGAGACCCUGACUUCCCACAGAUGACAAAGCAGCUUGAGGAGGUUGAUCCAAAGCGGGAAAGGGUUAAGCAGCCCCUCUCUGCCUGCCCUUUCUCUCAGCUCCUCCCAAAUACUUUUGUCUUUUUAAAAAGUAAACUCACCGAGGAAAGAAUGACAGAAGUCUGCAUAAUUUGUCUGUGCUUCAGGAAUAUGCCAUGAAAUACUGGAAGGACAAUGGAGCACCAGCUGAGAAACUCAUGAUGGGCUUUCCAACAUAUGGACAGUCUUUCAAACUUGCUAGUUCACAAACCGACGUUGGUGCUCCAGCCAGUGGUGGAGGUUCUCCUGGACAGUACACCAAAACUUCUGGGAUCUUGGCAUAUUACGAGGUAAAUGGGUCUUUGGCAUUUUAUUACAGAACAUUGACGAUUGAGAGCUACUAUAAUGUAGCUGAUCAUGUUGGGGAGGCAGAGUCAAAUUCCCACAGCUGUAAAGCUCAAAGGGUGGGCUUGGGCAAAGCAUUUUCUCUUAACACAUCUUAUUUUGACAGGGUUUUUGUGAGGAUAAAGUGGGAUGAUUCUGUGGAAGGUGCCUAACCAAAGUCUUAGGCAGCAAUCCCAUGAAUAUUUAUUUGGGAGCCAUGCCAUGGGUACAGCCCUGUUCAGGCCUUUGCCUGAAUAAAUGUGGACUAAAACCAGGGAAGGGACAGAAGUGUCCAUGUAUGUUUUUCUGUUUCAGACCUUCCUGAACUGAGAGGGAAGAUCUGAAAGCUGACUCUUAAGUGCCUUCAGCAGAAUGUGUUUGGCAUCUUCACUGUGCUUGGGCUCCUUGCCUUAUCAGGGUUCCUGGUGGGGAGGAGUCUAAGCACCUGUGGGAACAUUUGGGAUGGCCCUUGGGUAUGCAUUUCUGCUCUCUGCUUUCCAUUUUCAGUCCACAAGCAUUUAGAGGAAUGCCUGAAUGGGGGCUUCAGUGUUCCGUCAAUAAUGCAUAGGACCAGCUUGUAGAGCUGCAAUCCAUUGCUAGGGAGCACCUGUUAUUCAAUGCAGUGGGAUGUACUUCUGAGUUGACAAGUGUAGGCUCACACUUUUAAUGAAAACCAGAACAAUUUGGUUACCAUAUACUAGAGUGGGGAGUCUUGUCUAGCCCAAGGGCCACAGGCAAAUAUUGGUAGAGUGAUGGAUGUGACUUAACUUAGCAAAGCAGUUUACCUUCCGGCCACACAAAAUCCAUAGGUUUCUAUGCCUCCAUCCAGAUAAGCUUAAGGUGUGAUCACAUGCCAAGAGCACAUUCUAGCCAAGCAAAGGCACUCAUGGAGAGUGUGGUGCAGGGCCAUUGAGGCGUGUGCCCUGGGGAGAGUCCUGAAGGUCAGAGGGAGAGGCUGUGGGAGGUCUCAUUUGGCUGCUGUAUACAGUAAAUUAAAGCCGCAGACCACCAAACACUGUACUCUUCUAGCUAUAAAAUAACCAAUGAUUCUGAUGGGGGAAACUUGGAAUGAUUAACUUUUAGGAAUAUAGACUUUGUUUUUAUUUUUGUCCAUACCCCCUUGAGUUUCUGCUCUUUAUCUAAACAGGGAUUCUAUCAUUUUGACAGGUGUGCCCAUUUUUAAAGGGAGCUACCAAGGGAUGGAUCGAAGAACAGAAGGUUCCUUACGCUUUCAAAGCUGGAAACUGGGUUGGAUAUGACGACGAGAAGAGUUUUCAGUUUAAAGUGUGUCACUGCCUUGUGAUAAUUGCUACAUCCUAUGAGAAUGAAAAUCCUUUAGGCCCUCUAGCUGCUAUCCAAAUUUACAGUCACAUUCUCACAGAGUCAUGGGCUGUAUCCAAUGCCGUUUCCCCACUAGCGCAGCAGACUCAUGCAAUGGAACUUCCCCUCUUCUCCUAUCCCUUGCGGCCCCUGACAUGAAAAGUUUACAGCAUCCCCUGGAGCAGAUUUUGAGGGCACACAGGGAGAGGAGAGGAAGUGGAACUGGAAGUCCAGUUGCAUGGGUGGACCUCUGCGUACACAUGUUCUUUAAGGCUCCAUGUUAUUUAAAAUCUUCUUUUCCCAUGCUACACCGUGCUGUUCCUCAACUCCAUUCUUCCCUCUCUAACAGACAAUUAGAAUUCUGGGGCCUCUGAACAUUUAUUAUUAUUUUUUUAGGGUUCAACUCAAAUAUUUUUUUUGUAUUCUGCAAACCCUGGGAUCCCCCACAACAUGCUGAUACCCACUUUUAUUUAUAAGUAGCAUUGGUUGAGUACCAUCCUGUUGGCUGGCACACAACAUUUUGGAAGCAGAAGGAGUGUACAAUAUUAAGAAUUGUCUGCCUCAUUCUUAUUUCACCCUGGGAGUAAGCAGAAAUAAAAUUCUGCUUCUUCCCCUAUGCAAAAUCAAUGUUAGCAGCUCCAAGUGCUCUUUAGCCACCCUCUGUGGUCACCUCACAGAAAGAAGGAGCGUCUUAUUUAUGUCACCACAGAGUGGCACACUCUCGAUUCACAGAAAAUGGGUUACUGAGCCACUGUAUGUUAGUUCAAUUUCCUUUGAAUGCUAUGCUUAAAUGUAAAUUGUAUCUUUUUGUAGACUGCUUUGAGGUUGUUAGUUUUUUCUUCUUAAAUCAAGUGGUAUAUAAAGUGUCACCUAGUCCAACCCCCUGCUGUGCAGGAAUCACAACUAAAGCACAUAUGACAGGUGGCCAUCCAAUCGCUGCUUAAAAGCUUUCACAGAAGGAGAGUCUACCACCUACUGAGGGAGUCCAUCCACUGCUAAACAACUCUUACUGUCAGAAAGUUAUUCCUGGUGUAAAGCCAGAAUUUCCUUACGUAUAUUGUAAAUGUGCUGCAGUGUCCAGAAGGAAUUUGUAGUUGCCUGUUAUUAGCAAAUGGUAGAAGAGGCAUGUUAUCUGACAACUAUUAUGGAAUGGGUACAUAAGCACUAGUCUGUGGAUUAUUUACAAAUGUUUUUCCCUAAACUUCUCCUUUGCAGGCUGAGUUUCUGAAGAGGGAGAAUUAUGGAGGAGCCAUGGUUUGGACUUUGGGGAUGGAUGACUUCUCUGGCAAAUUCUGUGGCCAAGGAGCCAAUGUCCUUGUGAAUAAGCUUAAGGGUCUCCUAGGAAACUGAGGUAAUGACAAAUUAGGCUGUAAGGUGCAUGUUUCAUUAAGCUACCAAUCUAAUGUCCAGUGAAGUUUGAAUUAGGCAUACUAAUUGCAUCAGAGUUUCAACCCUUAUUUUCUAACCUCUCUUUUUAGAUUUGAAUGUUUGGAAUAGUCUCAAGGGGAUUCAUGUGAUAAACCCUGCAAUAUUAAAGCAUUUUAAAUAUUACACAUACACACACACACACACACACACACACACACAGUAUAUGAUCUCUCAACUGUAGUCUUCUAAGUGGCUCACAACAUGAAUACAAGCCACACAACAAAUAAAGGUGCUAAAAUUGAAAUUAAAUUGAGACAAGAAGAGAAACCCACUUUGAAAGGGCAGCAAAAGAUCAAAUAGAAAGUUAAGCAAAGCUUGUGCAUUGCCUACUUACCUGGAAGUAAAGGCCACUAAACUCAAUGGGACUUGAGUUACUCUCAUGUGGCCCCAAACUAUAUGCACCCCAUGGAUGCUAUUUAGUAAACAACAACCAAGCAUGCAGAGGCCUAUGGAAUGCACAGUGUCAUGUCUGAGUUGGUCUAGAGUCUGAGGAAGUGUUGCAAUACAGGGUUAAAUGUUUCAGGGUUGUUUUUGCUCUGCUAUGCUCUUGAUAAAUAGGAAGUCUUGCAAAUAUCUGAUGUGCUUCUGACAUGCAUUUGUUCUCCUAUGACAGAACAUGA